UUGGAUAAGAGCUCUAUUAUAAAAAUAAGUUAAGUUAAGGCAUCAUUAAAUGUCUUAUUAUUUAUUGUCUAUGGCCGUUUGGAGCUCCGCUUCGUACUUGCAUCAGUGAAAAUGCAGGAAAGAGUAUUAAGAGGCGAAUGGUCGUAACAAUUUGGGGGCCUGUCCGGGAUUUGUUUUGCCGAGUAAAUCAAAGAGACCGGUAUAAGCUAAAGUUAUUUUGCGGGGUUUUGCAUAAUUUUAUUUUUUGUAUAAUUAUCUGAAUAACUAAAAUUUGUGCGAAUUUAUUCUAGGAAGUUGUCAUAAAUUUAUUUUUCCGUAUGUUUAUUAGUAUUUUGCCGUGAAGUGAAGUGUUAAUGUUAAAAAUACGGCGCUGUGCACGUUAAGAACAAUCGGAUUACGUAUUAAGAGUAAUUUUUGUUUGUUAAAGUGAAUGCUUUCGCUCAUUUUACUUAGUUUACAUUUUAAAGUUAAAAUCUUCUCUAUCGUAUAUACGUUUUGAAGUUAAAAUUUUCUCUAUUGUAUAGUUUUGAAUAUGGAUCCUUUCAGCAUUAGUGAAUUUUCUAGUAACCCAAGUGUGCAUUAUUUGCGUAAUCAUCGUAUGAGAAAGGAUGACUGGAUUGCUAUUGCUGUGAAGUAUGACUUUUCUGUUAAAAAGGUGUGGAGGAAAUCUCAGAUUAAGAAUUUUGUUGUUAAUGCUUUGGUUGAGACGGAGACUUUGCCUGAGGAAGCUUUUGAUUUAUUAGAUGAAGAGGGAUCCCAGUUAACUCUCAAGCAGGUAGAAUUGCAGUAUGCUCGUGAAAAAGAGGAGAGAGAUAGACAAGAGAGGAGAGAGCGUGAGGAGUUGGAGAGGAAAGAGAAGCGAGAGCGUGAGGAGUUGGAGAGGAAAGAGCGGAGAGAGCGUGAAGAGUUAGAGAGGAAGGAUAGGAUAGAGCGAGAGGAAAGAGAGCACAGAUAUCAAUUAGAGCUGUUGGAGAAAAAGAGAACGAUAAAAGAUAACGUGAGCCAAGGCGAUGAAAGUGAACAGGUAAUUGAUGUUGUUAAGGCUUCUAAAAUGAUUCAGUUGUUUGAUGAAGCGGAUCCAGACGAGUUCUUUAUGCUUUUUGAAAGACUUGCGCUUAAUUUGAAGUGGCCUAAGCGUUUAUGGCCCGUAAUUUUGCAGCCGUCAUUAAAGGGUAAAGCUAGAACAGUUUUCUUGUCGUUAACAUCUAGUGAGAGUAAUGAUUACGACUUUAUUAAGGAUAGUAUCCUGAAAGCCUAUGAGCUUACGGCUGAAUAUUAUCGUCUCAAGUUUCGUAGAUAUAAGAAGUUUGAUUCACAUUCAUACAUUGAAUAUUCACAUAAUCUUGUUAAAUUACAUGAUAAAUGGUAUACAGCAGCAAGUGUCACUACCUUAGAUGAAUAUAGGGAGCUCAUUUUACUUGAACAGUUCAUUAGAGGUGUUCCUAUUGAUGUUCAGAGAUACCUAUUUGAGCGUGAGGUUACAACUUUACAAAGAGCAGCUGUGUUAGCUGAGAAUUACAGUUUAAUUAAACCACAUCAACAAAGUCAAAGACAAUCCAAGAAAUCUCCAGGUAAUGUAUCAGAGGAGAAGAAAUCCUCUGGCUCAUACAGUAGAAGUCUGUCUGAGGUUAGGUGUUACAAAUGUAACCAGCUUGGUCACAUGAAGGCAAGAUGUCCUAGUAAUUAUAAGGAGGGGAAGAGAGAAUCUUCGGGAUCAAAUAUGGCAAUUAGGAAGGUCCGGCAGGAAAUUCCUGUUUCUCAUUGUGAUAGGUUAGAUAAUGAGUUUGCUCCUUUCAAGUUUGAUGGGGUUGUGUCAGUGUCAGAUGACCUAAGUAAAUGUGUGCCUGUUAGGAUAGUACGGGACACUUGUUCUUCUAAUAGUCUAAUUGUAAAAGAAAAGGUUCCUGGAUUGGAAAAGAAUUUUACAUCAGAUAGACUGGUUGUUAGAAGUUUGGGUGGACUGGUAACAGUUCCCUUGUGUAGGUUAUAUCUGCAUUGUGGUUUAUUAACUCGUUAUGUCACAGUUGGGGUGGUGGAUGAAUUGCCUAUUCAAGGCGUUGAUUUUCUAAUGGGGAACGACUUGGCAGGAGGGAAGGUUGUACCUAGUCCCAUAGUUGUUGACACUCCAUUAGAGGUAAGCCCUGUAGAAGAUCCAGUAUUGUAUCCUUCUUGUGUUGUACAGCGUAGCAGAAGUCUGGCUGUGGUAGAAGUCCCACGAGAGCGUGGAACAGAUGUGACUAAGGACGUCAAUGUAAGUACUACUUCAGGUACUGAAGAAAAAGAUGCUGUUGGCACAGUUGACGUAGAUAUCAAUAUUGAUAGUUUAUUCCAAACUGAUAGUUUUGAAGGUAAUGUAAAAGAGAAAGAAAGUGUGCUAGAUGGCGACGAGGAUGAAACUAAGUUUGCUUUGAAGACUGGUAACGUAGUAUUGGUAAAUACUCUGAAGUCAGUUGAAAAUGAAAUUAAUUUAAGUAAUGUUUCUGAUUGCUCUGAUAAUCUUUUUGAUAUGAAAUGUUCUGAUAUUAUAAAAGCUCAACAGGAAGAUUUGUCUUUGCAGUCUAUUUACAGUGAAGUUGUUGCAGAAGACCAGAUCAAUAUGGAGCCAGUAUGCUAUUACUUGAGGAAUGGACUACUAAUGAGAAAGUUCAGAUCUUUGCAUACUCCGGCAAGUUCAACUUGGGAAAUCAGGAAUCAGAUUGUCAUUCCAGCGAGCCUAAGGCAAAAAGUAUUACAAAUGGCACAUAAUGUAUCUUCUUCACACUUAGGAAUAAGGAAGACUUUGAGUGCAGUUCUUCAACUCUUUUACUGGCCUGGGAUAAGGAAAAGUGUCACAGAGUACUGUAAGUCUUGUGCAGUAUGUCAGCUGGUUGGUAAGCCGAAUCAGAUAAUAAAACCUGCCCCUUUACAGCCUAUCCCUGUUUUACCUGAGCCUUUUGAUAAAGUCAUAUUAGACUGUGUGGGUCCUUUACCCAAAAGUAAGAAGCAGAAUCAAUAUAUGAUUACAAUGAUGUGCAGUUCCAUUCGUUAUCCUGAUGCCUAUCCACUUAGGAACAUAAGUUCUAAGACACUGAUCCCAGUUUUAAUAAAAUUUUUCACUCAGUAUGGUAUCCCCAAGAUUAUCCAGACUGAUAGAGGAAGUAACUUUACCUCUGAUUUAUUUAGACAGGUUAUGGCAGCUAUGAGCAUUAAACAUACUUUGUCCUCAGUAUACCACCCAGAGAGUCAAGGAGCCCUGGAACGAUUCCAUCAGACGCUGAAGGAUGCCCUUACGAAGUACUGUCAGGAACAUCAGACAGACUGGGAUGAAGGAUUACCAUUCGUGUUGUAUGCCAUCCGCAACACUCAACAAGAAAGUCUUGGAUAUUCCCCAGCCGAGUUGUUAUAUGGAAGGAAAGUGAGAGGUCCUUUGGAGAUACUCUAUGACAUGUGGACGGAUCAGUCGAAAGAGGUAACAUUAGGAGAUUAUGCUAAGAACUUACAAGGUAAGCUAGAGAGCUCUCGUAAAUUUGCACAUGACAAUCUAAGCAUAGCUCAAGAUAAGAUGAAAUUAAAUUUUGAUAAUAAGGCUGAGACACGAAGCUUUAGGCCAGGUGAAUCUGUUUUAAUGCUAGUACCCAUAAGGAAAACCUUUGAGAAUAGAUAUGAAGGUCCUUAUACAGUGAUAAGCAGAAACAAGGAUAAUUAUGUCAUCUCGACUCCGGGAAAGAGGAAAAGCGAGAAGAUGGUACAUAUAAACCUACUAAAAAAGUUUGAGACCCAAUGUGACAAUGUCAGCUUGAUUUGCAAGUCAUCUGUGGAAGAUAAUGUGAAGCUUAAUGAAGCAGGUUUUCCAGAUCGAAGUAAAAGCAUACCUCUAAAUAAUACACUUGCAUUAAAUAACAUUGACUGUAAACUUAAUCAUCUCUCAUCUCAACAGGCUAGUGACUUGAAAAAGUUAUUGGAACUUUUUCCAGAGAUCUGUGGAGAUGUGCCUGUCCAGACAUCAAUGGUAGAUUAUCAGCUAGAACUUAAGCCAGGUACAGAACCUCAGAAGAGUGCCCCAUAUAGAGUUUCCCCUCAAAAGAGAGCCAUACUAAAGAAGGAAACUGACUUUUUGCUACAACAUGGUUUUGCGGAGCCAAGUAUUAGUCCUUGGGCAUCGCCAUGUGUUUUAGUCGAGAAACCAGAUGGCUCCUAUAGACUCUGCACUGACUUUAGAAGACUAAAUGAGGUAACUGUAUCGGAUUCUUAUCCAUUACCAAGGGUGGAUGACCUCAUAGAUCUGAUACUUGGCUGGACCAUCUUUCUAUGCUGAAGGAUUUAUUUAGCAGGUUAAGACAGGCUUGUUUGACAAUCAACUUAACCAAGAGUGAUUUCGGCCAUGCGAAGCUACAAUACCUUGGGUAUGUGAUUGGCAGCGGCGAGGUAUCCCCAGUUGCAGCCAAAGUAGACGCCAUCACCAAG